AUGGCAGCAUUGGCGAAAGAACCAGUCGUUAAAAACGACGUAGAAAGUACCACCAGCUAUUUCAAACACUCCAUCUAUCAGAAACUAGCUGCAAAUGUUGCGAAAGAUGCAGUAGAAGAAGCAAUCACCAAGAAACUAGAUGUAAAAUUCCUCUUAUCUACUUCAAAUAAUACAAUUCGUCUAGCAGAUUUAGGAUGUGCGGUUGGUCCAAAUACAUUUACCUCUUUGCAAUCUUUAAUAGAUACAAUUAAAAACAAGUGCCAAUGUCCUGAUUUUUCUUCCAUGCCUGAAUUCCAAGUAUACUUCAAUGAUCAACCUUCAAAUGACUUCAAUACCCUUUUCACUUCUCUUCCAGUACAGAAAGAAUACUAUGCAGGUGGUGUGCCUGGUUCUUUUCAUGGAAGAAUUUUCCCUAGCAAUUACCUCCACGUUGUGCAAUGUAAUUAUGCACUCCACUGGCUUUCUAAUUUGCCAGAGGAAUUGGAAGAUAACAACUCUCCAGCUUGGAGCAAAGGGAAAAUUCACUACGCAAAUGCUCCUGACGAAGUACUCAAAGUAUAUGCAAGACAAUGGGCUAAAGAUUUUAAUGACUUCUUGAAUGCUAGGGCUAAAGAGAUUGUGCCUGGCGGAUUGCUUAUCGUUGUCAUGCCAAGUAUUCCUGAUGGAAUGCCUUAUUCUGAGCUUGCAAAUGGCAUUUUGUACAAUUGUUUCUCAUCCGUCCUCCUCGAUAUGGCGAAAAGGGGAUUAAUAAGUGAAGAACAAGUAGAUGCCUUCAACUUGCCAAUAUAUGCAGCCCCUCCAGGAGAGUUCGUUGGGGCGGUGAAAAAGAAUGGAAAUUUCAAGAUUGAAGAAAUGGGAUUAACAAAUCCGGCACCGUGGCUAACAGAAGGAAUGCACGUUGACAUGGUGGAAUAUGUGAAGCACAUUAGGGCUGCAAUGGAAGGAAUGUUCCUCGAACAUUUUUCAAUUGACAUUGUCAAUGAAAUGUUCAGUCAAUUGCUGGUAAAACUUCCUGAGGUUUUCCACAAGAUGGAAAAAGCAUACAAGGACAAAAUUCAAUCUCACUACGUGCUUCGACGUAAAUGA